AUGGAAUCCAUGACAUGUCAUUUUUUAUACUUGUAUCAAUUGCAGCGGGUUCUAUGUGAUUGGAACGAUGAUGAAUGCAUCCAGAUCCUAAAGAAAUGCAAGGAAGCUGUUCCAGAAGAUAAUAGGAAGGUGAUAAUCGUUGAAGCUGUGAUUGAUGAAGUGAAGGACGACAAGCUUGAGUAUGAUAGGCUGAUGCUAGAUAUGGUGAUGAUGGCUCACACUAAUACAGGUAAAGAGAGGACCUCAAAGGAAUGGGAAUAUGUUCUUCAAAAGACUCGCUUUCGCUCUCACACUAUCAAACCCAUUGGUGUUGUGCAGUCUAUUAUUGAAGCAUUCCCUUGA